AUGAAAUCAUGAUGUCUGAAGAGACAAAAUGAGCACAGAUGAAGACGAUGAUAUCAACAUAUCAAUCAGACUUUCAACUUAAGAAAUAUUAAGCAGCUGAUCACGUGGGAGAAGGUGUGUAUGCUGUUUUGUGUGCGAGAAAGAGAGCGUAUGAGGGUUGAAUCCGAUUACACAAAUCCUCUGCUUUGAAAGGUUUUCUGCUUCUAGUUCACAGACCCUGAAGAUUUGCUCAAACACUGCAGAAUUCAGUUCAUCUUAAGGUAGACCAACCAACACAUCAAUAUGGAUAAGUUUCGAAUGAUGGCCCAGAUCCUCCAGUCCAACCAGGAGUCUUUCAUGAAUGGUAUUUGUGGCAUCAUGGCCCUGGCGAGCGCUCAACUUUACACGUCUUUCGAAUUCAACUGUCCCUGUAUCCCUGAAUAUAACUACUCCUAUGGGAUCAGCAUGCUGGUUAUUCCACCCAUUUGGUUUUUCCUUUUGGGUUUUGUAUUGAACAACAAUGUCUCGAUGUUGGCGGAGGAGUGGAAACGGCCUAUAGGACAGAGGUCGAAGGACCCAGCGGUUAUGCGAUACAUGUGUGUGUCCAUAUCCCAGCGUUCACUCAUUGCGCCUGCCGUUUGGAUAUCGGUGACUUUGAUGGAUGGUAAAAGCUUCUUGUGUGCCUACAGUAUGGAUUUGGACAUGUCUGAGUUUGGUAGGAAUGGAAGUGGACAUGGGUUAUCGCAAGAGGAACUCUUACGAACACUGGCCAAGAUACCCUGCAAGCAUAUAUAUGACGGGCAGCACAUAAUGUCAAGAGAAGCGGCCACCAGAUACAUACGCUGUAUUUCACAGGCCUUUGGAUGGUUGUUCUUGCUGAUCAUCACAAUCGUUGCAUUUCUAAUCCGAGCCAUUCGUCCCUGCUUCACGCAGGCCGUCUUCCUCAAAACCAAAUACUGGUCUCACUACGUGGACACGGAGCGCAGGAUGUUUGACGAGACCUGCACGGAACACGCCAAGAGUUUCGCCAAGGUCUGCAUCAAGCAGUACUUUGAGGAUAUUAGCGGCGAGAUUCAGAGCUGCCACGACCACGAUGACAGCGAUGAUGAGGACGAUAAAACAGAUAGCGAGGAAGACAAACUGCUGGGUAUUCGGCGCCAGGACACUAUGAACAAGGUGCUCUGGGACUGGCACACGUGCAAACCUGCGCUGAGUCUGAGAAAAUAUGGAGAUGCUACUAUUGCUAAAAAUAGCGAAAGUAGCACAAAUGCUAACAAUGCUCAAGGUGGACAUGACUGUGAUAAUAAUGAGCAUAAUGUGAGCCAACAUGGCUUUAAAAAUGGUUAUGUGAAUGCUGGCCUUGAUGUUGGUCAAAGUGAAUUGGAGAAGCAAUGUGAUAAUGGCCAAAAUGGUGGUUUGAAUGGACAUGGCAAUGUUAAUGGUAGCCAAAAAGGAUUCCUUAAUGGUGGUCUUCCUUCUCCAUACAGUGGUCAAAAGAAAGCAUGGGCGGUGUAUUAUAGUAAGGUCUGACAGAAGAAACCACUUGCAUUGAUUUGUUUUGUUGUUUUUAAGCUAAGCAGUGUAUCAUUUAUGACUUUAAACAUGAAGCGGUUUCAUUUUGUUCCACAAGAGGCCGCUAUAGAGCACAUCACUGUAAACACUUGCUUUUUUCAGACCAGGAAAUAGGACUGGUCUGAAAAGAAAAGAGACCUAACACAACUGUCAUACUCUUUAGUUCUUGCAAUUCUGUCUAAUGAACCCUGUAUGUAUACAUUUACUUAUCUUAUACACUGAAAAAAGUGUUGCAUGCAGAACUGUUGCAAACAAUUUAUUUGUGUUUAAUUUAAACCAACAAAUUAAGUUUCAUUAUGUUUAACCUAAUUUGUUUGUUUAAAUUCAACACAAAUAAUUUGUUUACAACCACUUAACGUAAAAGAAUUGAGUAAAUCCAAGGAAUCAUCUUUGAAUAAUUUUUUUCAGUGUAUAUAGAUACAUCACUAGCAUCACUUAUCUUUGUUUUGCUAAGGUAUUUAGCAAAAUGUUGAGAGGCUAAUGUCAAGCAUGGUAUGUAUCUUUGUAUAUUUUCAAUAAUUUGAUUUUAAAUAAUGCAAUUUAUUUAUUAUAUUCUAUUAUAUUUGAAAUACUGACAUUGGUGAUAUACUGAUAUUAAAAUAUACACUGUGACCUUUUAUUUGUUUUCUUUAUAUUUCAGAUCAUAUAUAGCAAAACUAGAAAAAGCAAGACAUUUUAAUAAAGCCAUUAAACCAAAUUAACCAAC